CGCGAUUCAUACGGUUCUAUUAGGUGUGUCAACUCGUAAUUGGAUUACAUCCUAAUUUAACCGCCUUUGAACAUUUACAAUUGUUCUUUUUCAUUGUUCACGUUGGCGAACGUUUCUUGGCCGUGUUUGAUUCCGGUUUAAACAAUACGCUUAAUUGGCGUCUCCCACCCCUAUUACUUUCGUCUUGAGGCUAUUAGUAGGCUGGUAGUUCUGUAGGUGGCCAUUCGAAAAUUAGAUCGUGACUAGAAAGAGCAGAAAAUGGAAGAUUACGAUAGAGAGCCAUUUGUUUACGAAUCUGAAACCUCUCCCGGAUUAAAAUUGAUAAGGCGGUCGACCUAUUCUUUACUUAUUCUAAAAGAGAUACUAAAGAAGAUAGCUCAGUCCAGGAAAGUAAAAUGCGAGGAAGAUGAGGAAAGAGAUAGAGAGCCAUUGAAUGAGCCAUUUGCCAGUGAUUUACCGAUUUUAGACCCGAUAGAUGAAAGCAUUGUUAAAGAGAGAAGGACGGCGUCGCGCUUAUGUGAAAUCGAACGCCUCCUAAAACGUCUUGAUUUAAUUAUAUUUCGUCUUCUAGACGAAAUAAGAACGAUCAAAGGUUUGCUAAAAGCUUUGAAAAGAAGAAUGCAACGACGAGAAGAAUGCUUUUGCAAUGAAAUGCGUUUAUACGCCCUAGAAGAUAGAUAUUGUCAAACUCUGCAAUCUGCAACAUACUUAUCCCGAUUAAAAGUUGGACUGAAUCGUGAAAAAGUCAGUCUAAUUACUGGGAGUAAUUAUUGUAAAGUAGUCUGCAAUGAACCGCGUAACGAGGUGGAAAACCAAGCGAGGCAUGAAGACGAAACGCUUUAAACCAUUUCUUUUACAAAUUUCGUAUUAAUCUAAUGUACUUAGUCUUUUUAGUUUAUACAUUCAACUAUAUUAAUUUAUUCAAAAAGUAGUCAAUCAAUCAAAGUUGUGUCAUUGAUCGAUAUU